AUGUCGGCGGGACAACGAGCCGAUCCAGCCCGACUUCUUCAAGAUUUACGGCCCGGACAACACCGUCGUGGAGUCCACCGCCGCCCAGCAGGCGGCCGACGACUGGUUCGCGUCGCGCCUUAUGCCGAGGGCAAUGCCUUCUGGAAGCUGGCCAUCUUACCCUGCUAUGUGCUGGCGUGCGAGCUUGUGUACCACCGUAUCGGCGUAGAGAUGGCACGGCAUGGGAAGGGGGUCAUCGACUGGGAGGUGGAACAGGACGUCGUCCUUCUCGUGGGCAUAUCCCUCGGCCACCCAGUCAUCGAGAGGGAGGCCAGCCUCACCUCCCAGCUCCAAGCCAUCUGCAAAGCCGGUGUCGAGACUCAAAAAGACGGGACACCACUAGACGAACCCCUUCUUCGUUGGGAGAAGCCGGCAAAAAGAGGCCCGCGGGACUUCCUCAAGCCACACGAAAAGCCGUUUAGGAAGGGAGUGGCCCAGUGGCAGAAGAAAAUUUCCAGUCUGGUCAUGACAUUGACAACUCGAAAUACGAAUCCGAGGCCGAGGUUAAGCCUUUGCGGCCUGACGCGCCUACUAUGGUUUACCUCGACCGUCUUCGGAAUUUGGCCAAGACGGGGCGAGCAGAUGAUUGUCUACGUGCCCCCGUCCGUGUUGAAGCAGGUCCGCGCUAUGCGCGAAGACGACCACUUCGUCGUCAUCGACGAUUACAAGACCGUCUGGGACUUCCCGAACAACAAGCACCAGAAGGAGAAUUUCGAAGUCACGCAGCCCAAGCUGUUCCGCCAGUUCGAUGGCUGGUCUGAUGACAACAAAUGGCGACGCAGGGCCGCGUACAACAAUGCCCACCUGUCGGAGACGUACAACGCCAAAUGGUUCAUCACGUACGACGCGGUCAUGCGGAACCCCUUCGGGUCGGACAAGUGGAUGUACGCCGACGCCGGGUUUCUAGAUGAGUUGGGGCCGAAAGACGAACAUGGACAGCCGUGGGGGAUGCUCCUAGACAAGUACCUGAACGAGAACAAGUUCGCCAGGUCCAUCGGGCUCAGCCAGCAUACGGGCAUAAGUACGGGCCGCCGACAUCACGAACGACUGCUGGACCGACCCACGACGCACCUGGCGAUGCCAUCACUCAUCGCCAACGCCUGGUUCGGCUCCUCGCUUGGCCUGCUGGAGUUCAGCGUCCGCUACAUGAAGACCGUCGAGGACAUGAGCGAAAAUGGCUUCUACGUUGGCCACGAGGAGUUUGUCAUCUCGCACGUGUUCAUUCGGUACCGCAACCUCGGGUUCUCGGUCCCGUUCUUUAGGCAGCCAGCGGAGCUGAACUACGUCAACUACUAUCCGGCCAAGGCCUUAUGGUCGCAGUACGGUGGCUCGUCCAUGGUUGCGCCCAUUAACGAUCCGAUGUCGACUCUGUUCUGCCCCAAGGAGUACAACUAA